AUGGAAUCGGCCACUGAAGAACUAUGCCACUGGAUCUCCAACCUCAAGCUGGCCGACAUCCCCCCCGAGCAAGUGACGCGAGCGAAAUACCUGGUUCUCGAUGGGCUGGCCUGCGCCCUCAUCGGCGCCCAACUGCCCUGGUCGCAAGACGCCGUUCACGGCGUUCUCUCCAUGGAAGCAGGGGGGGCGUGUGAGAUUAUCGGAUGGGAGAGGAGAAUUGGCCCGCUUUCCGCCGCUCUGCUGAAUAGCACCUUCAUCCAAGGCUUCGAGCUGGACGAUUACCACCGCGACGCCCCUAUCCAUUCCAACGCCAUCGUGCUUCCGAUCCUACUGGCAGUACUGGAACAUAAUGGAUCAGCAGCAGAGGAAACACCAUAUCAGUCACCGACAGGAGCAGAGUUCCUCUUGGCAGCGAUAGCAGGGUACGAGACCGGCCCCCGCGUCGGACUAGGCGUGUACGGGGUCGAAGUGCUGUCUCGCGGGUGGCAUUCGGGGGCGAUCUUCGGCCCCGCGGCGGCGGCAGCAGCGGCGACGAAGCUGCUGGGCCUGUCGGCGACGCAGACGGAGGAGGCGAUGGGGAUGGCAUGCACGCAGGCGGGCGGGCUGAUGGCUGCGCAGUACGAGAGCAACGUGAAGCGGAUGCAGCAUGGUUUUGCGGCGCGGAAUGGCUUGUUUGCUGCCCUGAUGGCGCGCAGCGGGUACACGGGGAUCAAGCGGGUGCUGGAACGGCCGUACGGCGGCUUUCUCAGCACGUUCAGUCUGGGGAACGGGCGGGAGCCGCGCUAUCGUCCUGAACGGGUGGUCGAGGCGUUGGGAUCGAGCUGGGAGAUGGAUCGGAUCGUGGUGAAGCCGUAUGCGUCCAUGGCGGCCACGCACAGCACCAUCGACGGGCUGAUUGCCCUGCAGGUCCGUCACCCGGGUGAAAUGAAAGACGUGAAUCGCAUCCGUCGCAUCACAAUCGAGAUGUCGGAGCCGGCGUUCAAGAAGGGCGGCUGGAAGCCCGAGAAACCGCUCACCCCGACGGGCGCCCAGAUGACUGCCGUCUACGCGGCGGCCAUGCAGUUGCUGGACGGCCAAGUGCAGCCGGCGCAGUUUGCUCCGGCUCAGCUGGAACGAGUGGAGGUGUGGGAGCUGAUGGAGAGGAUCGUCUGUGUGCACAACCCGGCCCUGGACACAUACCAGCAGCGGAUCCAUGUCGAGAUCGGGCUGGAUGAUGAGACCGUUGCAUUGACGACUCUGACGCAGUUUGUCGACGCCCCGCGCGGAAACAAAAUCCCUCUUUCCAACGAGGAGAUCCUCGACAAAUGGAGGGUCGUCACCGCCGGGGUCAUCACCGCACACCGACGGGCUGCCAUUGAGGAGAUAGUGUUGAAUCUAGACACGGAGCAGGACGUGCGUCCACUGGCUGAAUUGCUCUAUGGACGGACGGAGGAUAUAUUCAGUUAG